CAUUGGAUUUACAACAGCUGUGCCAUAAUUUCGAACAUACCUUGCCAUUUUCGUUGAAGUGAAGUGAUUGUAAAGUUUUUCAUAUUUUUACAAAAAUAACAAAAAAACCUAUUUAUUUUAUUGAUUAACGAAAGAAACUCAAUAAUUACGUGAAUAUAACUUAUAGAAAGUAUAAUUUCAACAUCCAAAGACGUGUAAAGUGCAAAAGUGAAUUUUUGAUUUCGGGAAAUACGAUGUUUUUUGAUAAAAACAAAGAAAGUACUGAUUUUAAAGGCCGCGCUUAAAUUAGUAAAUUAGAACUAAAAACCGAGUAUUUUAAGACCUUUCCCGUGAAAAUUGGUGCACGUUUUCGGAAAAGCCGCUCUCCUGAACAUUUACCAAAUAUUUUAAUACUAUAGUAUUCGAACGAUAUUUAGUAAUCAGUAAAAAUGGAUGAAAUUUUUGGAAAAAUAAACUCAGAAAUAAACAUAAAACGAUACAAACGAGAAUAUAUGUCGCAUUUUGAGGUCUUGCGUGAUACAAUAUUUACUGCUCUAAAGAAGAAUCAAACGUUUGCUGCACUCUAUAAUGGCAAUUAUUUGAGAGGGAGUUAUGCUGAUAAUUUGAAAGUAAAAUAUCCCAAUGAGUAUGAUCUGGUAUUCCGCCUUAAGUUACCGGAAGAAAAGCGCAUACUAGUAGUAAAGGAUGAAAAAAUACCAGGAAAUGUAAAAUUGGACUUAUCACAGGUACUUCAUGUUAUUAUAAAUCAGAAGCAACAUGUAAAUACUUACAAACAAUUAAAAAAAAUGGUAACCUCCGAAAGUCUACUCUCCAUACAAUUACUACAAAGUUGGUUGGAAAGCUGUUUUACAAAAGCGUUAGAUGAUAUAAAUAAAGAAAUAAUUUAUAAUGAUAUCAAAACGACUUUAUCAUACAGCAAACAAGGUCCAGCACAUACAAUUUCUGUCAAAGAGCCUUAUAUGUAUUCAGUGGAUUUUGUGCCAGGCAUAGUGUUAAUCAGUUCCAAAGCCAUUUUACCUAGCAUAUCGAAAGAUUGGGACGCCAUUCCUAAACCGUUAAAAUGUAUAUACAGUGAUACAUCAUUUCGUGCAUCUUACGAUAACAUAGAAAAUGAAAUGAUAAAAAAUAAAAAUAAUUUAAAGAACGCUUUAAGGAUUAUUAAAAAAUUUCGGGACAUACACACAAAUAUGCACAAUUUAAAAAGUUAUUACAUAAAAACUUUGUUUCUGUGGAGAGCAUCAAGAGAGCCGGAAAAGUUUUGGUACCAGCCCAUUGGAUUUGUUGUUAUACAGCUGUUUACAGAUCUUAACAAUAGCCUUGAAAAGUGUAAGCUACCUUUUUAUUGGGACCCUAAUUUGAAUUUAUACGAGCAAAUUGGAGAGUCUGGAUUAACCGACAUGAGGAGAUGUGUGCAAAGUAAAAAAAAAUUACUAGAAAACUAUACAAGACUAAAAGUAAAAACGGAAGUUGAUCAUUUCAAAGUUUACAAAACCUUUCUGACAGUCAUGGAAUUAAAGGAACAUGGUUUAAUAAAGAGUUCAGCAGUUCCUGAGGACAAGUCUCCAGAGAAAAUAAGACUAAACAGUUCAGAGCCCAGAAGAUGUAUAAUACAAUGACUAAUUUUUUCUAGCUUAAGCAAAUAAAGUCAAAACUUUUGUGCUAAUGGGACCAUAGUUCAAAUCUAUAUUCAACAAUAUGCAUUAUUUUAUUUUUAGCAAUUCUUCAAUAAACUAUAUUAAAAGAAAGUUAGAAUUUUCAUCCCUGACUUCGGUCUAGGUAACGUGGGUCCCACUUGCUGUUCGAUAAUUUUAUAUCUUUAAAGAAAUCUGAGUAAAAUGAUACAAAACAUGUCAAUUAUAAAAUAUAAUGUAUAACUAAGUAGUACAAUUUCAUUUAUUUAUAAUUUUUUGUGUAUUUCUGUUUUUGCUCAUGUUUUGUUUUAUAAAUAAAUCCAAAGAUUAUUUCCUAAAAAUGAUGUGUA